AUGAUGAAGACUGAAACUAACAAAUCUACCAAGUGUGAUAAAGAAAAGCCUAUUUGUGGAACUUGUAUCAGGGCUAAUCAUACGCGAUGUGAAUACACAGAUGCUAAUAGAUUACCCCCAACUCCAGAUGAGCAUCCUCCUUCUCCAAACGAAGUGAUAGAUAUUCACAGAGGUUCGAAGCUCAUAUCAAAAGAAGGUCCAUUAUCAUUUAUUUCUAUCAUUAAUAUGGAUCCUUUUAUAAGGAAUAUAUUAUAUUCAGUGAAGAAUAUUAGAAAACAUCAGUUGAAAAUUCAAGAAGAAGUCAAUAAUCCCAGACCUGAUAAUUUAUCACCAACACCUUCUAGUGAGCUUUUUAAUGUUAUAAAACCUUAUAUCAUUGAUACAAAGCUGGUAUGGUUCCUUGUCAAUCAUUUUUUUGAUAGUGAAGUGUAUCCAAGCUGCUCCUUUAUUUCUAAAGAAUCUUUUAAAAGUUGUUUGAUAAAUUAUAUAGGACCUGAAUCAUUUCCUGCUGUAAGGUAUAAGGUUGAUACUCCAUUUGAUCAUAUAUUCUUGGGUACGUUGUUAGUUAUCAUGAGAAUAUCAUCAGCUUCAUUUUAUAAUUGUGGCUAUUCAACAGAUUUUGAGCAUAAUACCAUAGGACCUGAAGUUGUUGCUUUAGCUAGGAGAUGUUACGAUAUUACCAAGUCACAAUAUCUUAGUUGCAGAUUAGAAAUGUUACAACUCUUACUUAUUAUAAAUUAUUACGACAAUAAUGCACCUGAAGAAGUAACUUCUCUUGAAAGUCAUGAAACUGAAGGUGUUGCUAUAGUUGCUUAUAGGAUAGCCAUGGGUCUUGGACUUAAUUUGGAAUGUGAAACUGAACAUCUCAAAAGAUUAUGGUAUCACAUAGUUCAAUUAGACACUGAGCAAUUUGUUAGAAAUGGAGCUUCGGAUUUUUUCAUUCGUGAUGAAUCAUACACAACUACUUUUCCCAAAAUUAAGGAUAUAUCCACUGAUGUUACAGUGGAAAGAUUUAAAGUUAGAACUUUGUUAAAAUCAAUUGCUUUAAGAAUUACUAAUGUUAGAGAAACAUUAUCUAUCAGUAUACUUGAAUCAUUGAUUAGACCACUAGAGGUUUACUUGGAAGACGUUUCAUUAGAUUCAAUAUUUAAAACUCCCAAUAAGGCAUUGAAAGCUGCACAAUUCUUGAACUUUAUGGAAAUUUCAAGUGUAAUUUAUAUGGUCACAUAUCAUAUUUGUAUUCAUUUAACAGGAAUUGACAGUGAAAGAGCCAUCAAUAAAAUGUUCCAACUAUUAUCCAUAUCUAAUAAGAUCAUCCCGGUAACUCAUUUCUUAAACUCAAGUAAAGAACAUCAAUUUAAUUUACAACAACAGUUUGGUUAUAGUUUUAAUAUUAUCCCAAAAAUUUUACAAACAUUACAUAAAUUUUCACAGUUGCAAAUUUCAUUGACAGGAAGAGCAAACUUCUUCUUAAUUAUGAAUAAUGAUGUUGAUACUUUGAAUUUCAAAGAGAUGAAAAGAAUAGCAUAUCAAAACUCCAAAAUGAUAAUUCGGAAUUUUAGUAGAAUCGAUACAGAAUAUUUUUUCUCCAAAAGAAUAUAUAAGAUUCAAACUUUAAUAUUUUUUAACUGUUUUGGUACUACUUAUGAUUCAUCAGUAUCACAAACUUAUUUGGAUUUAUUGAGAAAUGAACCACAAAUUGUUGAUUCUAAAGUUUUCGGUGAAUUAGUUGAAUUGAAUAAAUCAGAUAUUAAUAAUGACCAAUCAUCAAAAGAAAAUGAAGUCUCUGAUAUUUUAAAUUUACAAAUAGAUCAACAAAUAAUUGAAGAAUUAGGAAAUAUUUUAGAAACAGAUUCCUUUUUAACUAAUAGUGAUUCAUUAAUACUUUAA